GGGUACCACGGUUCGGAUGGAGGUACAGGUUAUGGAGGUGUUCCAGACGUAGAUGACCCAAAAUGAGCCCACCCCCAUGUCCUGCAGAAGCCCCUCAGUGGCCAAGGAAGAGUGUCCUGACAAUACUCUUACAACAUAAUGGUGAAGGAAAUAAAUGUCCUUCUCAAAGCGAGUCCUUUUGUCAGAUUAAAUGGAGAAUGCAGGCAUCGAUCCAGCUACCUCUCGCUUGCGCCUGCUGUCUCCCGAUCUACGAGCAAAGUAAGCCCAAAGUAAGCCCAAAAGUAAGCCCACUCCAGCCAAUCGCAGCGCGCCCUCUGCCGGCGCUCGGCCAAUCACCUGCCCCCGCUGGUGGGCUUACAUUUGACCAAUCGCCUUCCAGCACCCGGAUCCCUCAUAAGCGCUCGGAGGAAGACGCUCCGCAGUCAUCUUUACGUUGACAACUGUCUGGACUACUUUGACGAGCGAUCAUGUAUGCGUAUCCUGUGUUCCGUAAAACUCCUCAGGGUCGACUCCUGAUGGGGCCGACUGAGGAGGCAAAUAGGAGUACGGUGGUGGUGGCCGGGAGGGCCCGGCGUAAGGAGGAGGUUCUGGCCGAGGCCACUGCCUUUGUGAGGCAGAACGGAGGGGAUCCUGGUGACCAGUUCCUGGUUCUGGCUCAUUGUAAGAUCCAGUUUGGAAAACACCAGAACCAGAGGUUCCGCUGGCUGCUGGAGAACUCCCUGGGUUACGCGGUGUACCUGGUCAGCAGCAUCAUGGGGGAGGAGGAGAGGGACAACCCGCUGUCGGCCAGCAAACACCUGUUUCUCAGGUACACCUCCCAGAUCAGGGAGAUAGGGGAGGCUGUGGAGGUGUAUCGGAAGAAACAGGCCUUGCUCCAGGAGGCCCAGAGGAGCGGUGACUCUGGGUGUUUGAUGGUGGAGUUUGGCGACUUCAAGGGCAGGUCCAUGAAGGAGGUGUAUGAGGACCCAGGCAAGGAGGCCCAGGCUCUCGUCACCUACCUGAAGACAGCAAAGGCAAGGCCCAACACCAACAUGGCCCUUUUCAAGGACUAUGUGCUGAAGAGGCAGGCUUCAGCUGUAGCCCACCUGCCCACUGUGACCGCUCCUUCCUCCUCCUCCUCCUCCGCUGCUGCUCCACCUGCUGCUGCUCGACCUGCUGCCACUCAGAGCAGGCCCCUGACGGCUGCCGGCGUUAACGCUCUGCUGGCACGUGGGAAGCAUUUGUCUCCCUCACAGUUGGCACGAAAAAUUGUUUCUCCAGCCAAACCCUCUCCAGUGCCACGUGUCCCCUCUCCAUCUACAUCCGCUGCCCGCAGACAGCUCUUUAACUGUGACGCUGUUGGUGCUGCUGGGGAUUUUUUUAAGGAGCAAGACGACCAGGAGAUGGUGACUGUGGCCUCGCAAGCUGAGGAAAAACUACCUCAAGCCUCAAGAGGCCCUGCUCCUCCUGCUCCUCCUCCUCCUGCUCCUCCUGCUCCUGCUGCUCCUGCUCCUGCUCUUGCUCCUCCAGCGCUGUGGACUCCUGGCCCCGUGUUCCAGCCCCCUGCAGAGCUUCCUGGACACUGGAAGGAGCAUCUUCCAUCUUUCCAGCAGGACUGGAUCCGGAAGGCUUUAUUCAGGGCUAACCCUAAAACAGGGAAGCCAGAGCUGGUGCCACAGCUCACCUUCUGGUGGUACCCUCCCCAGCCUCCGACCACCUUCACCCAGCCUCCUGCCUCUCCUGAUCUCUUCUUCUGCCGCCCUUUGUUUCUCUGGAUGCCUCUGAAGAUGUGGUCCAUUCCACUCAUCUGUGUCCAGCCAGCUUGCAAUAGUCACAGGCUGACUGCAGCUGGCCUGUACAGCACUGUGCGCAAGGUGCUGGACAUAGAUGGGUGGUAUGAUAUGGCCACAGAGUAUCUAGAGUGCAAAGGGUGUAAGAAGAAGUAUCCGGCCUGGUCAGAGGACAUCCUGGGACAGCUGGACAUGGGACACCGCAGGAAAUUCCCCGCCCUUCUGACAUACAGGUACUCAUGCGACUACAGAGUGGUCAUCCUGAUGCGGGAGAGAACUCAGGGCAACAGCGUCACGCAGCUUCACAAGAAGCUGCAAGAGGAGCACAGCGCAGCAUGGACCCGCCGCACGCUGGAGUACUUUGCUGCCUGUGAGCCCUUCACUGACUCCUGUCUGGUCGAGCCGCCAGUGUUCUCUGCCCCCCCGCCCCUCCCGGCCCUCCCUAAACCCAAGUGGCUUCUGGCUGUGUACGCCAGGGACGUCCUGUCACGGCUGCCUGAGGUAAAGGCCAGAAUAACCUCUGUGUUUGGCUCCGUGCUCAAGAUGGACUCCACCAAAAAGGUUACCAAGAAACUGGCCGGUGCAGCUGCCAACACAGCUGGGUGGUGCACCAAUGUGGGCAACGAGCACGGCCAGGUUCUGGUGUCAGUCCUGACAGCAGCAGAGGGCCAUGGACUGUGGCCCAUGGCGGCUGGUCUUAUGAGGCGCUACAGGGAGGCAGGAGUGGCACCUCCUGCCAUAAUGUAUGUGGACCGGGACUGCUGCAGCCCCCACGGACAGUCACAGGUCAGGGCUAUGUUCGCUGAGUGGAGAGAGCUUCAGGUGCGCCUGGACAUCUGGCACUUCAUGCGGCGUUUUGCAGCAGGAGUCACCACUGAGGCUCAUCAGCUGUAUGGAGUAUUCAUGGCUGGACUGUCCAGGUGCAUCUUUGAGCUGGAUCCAGCUGAUGUUGCUGCUCUUAGGCUGGCCAAGCAGGGGCAGCUUCUGGCCCAGGGAGUUGGUCCAGUCUCUGAGAAGGCCCUGGACCAGAUGAUCACCAGGAGGGAGUUGGCUCUUCAUUGCCGCAAGAGGACCAGGGGAGCAGAGGAGACCGCCAGGAGGAUCAAGGCCCUGGUCGAUGAGAUGGACAGUGAGAAGGGCAGGGACACUCUUGGAGUGCCCCUGGUGGACCACGAGCGCAUUCAGCAGGUCUGGAAGGACCAGCAGAGACACAUCACCUGUAUUCAGGACCCAGAGGGCUUCUCUCUGUACCUGAAGACAGGGACACUGAAAAAAGGUGGUGUGGACCUCUGCUGCUACCGCUGUGCUCGUGGCUCCACCUCCUUGGAGUCCUUCCACCUCCAUCUAAAUCGCUUCAUCCCAGGGACCAGUGCCAGCGACGCCCACUUCCAGGCCUACCUUCUGGAGGGUCUGAUGCGCUGGAACCAGGACCGCAUGGAGGAAGCUGUGAGAGGAAGCUGUGAGCUGAGGAUUUACAGCAGCGCUGAGAGGGAGGCCAUGGACCGACUCAGCCGCAAGAUCCUCAAGAGGCCCUUGGACGAGCGCUACCAGCCUCCUGGGUCAUAUACAGGGGAGCUUCUUGGCAUGGAGUACCUUUACAGUCAGUCUGGUCGUUCGCUGACUGUAAUGGACAACCCAGAGGAAGAGGAUCGGCUGGUGGAGCUGAUGGAUGAUGAGGCGGUGCGCGAUGAAGGCUUUGUGGAGGAAGAACCCGAGGACCUGACCGUGCCCGUCCUCUUUGCUCCAGAACACAGCAGCGUCCAGCAGGCCUCCAGCCCCUCUUCCUCUGCACCGUCCACAUCCAGCCGAGGAGAUCCAUGUCAGCUCCUCAACCAGAGUCCUCUGCCUCCUCCUGUGCCGUCUCCCCUGCAGCGCUCUGUCCAGCCUCCUCUACAGCCUCCUCCUGUGCAGCGCCCUGCUGAUCCUCCUCUGCCUCCUCCUCUGCCUCCUCCCCUGCAGCGCCCUGUCCAGCCAACUGGAGCCUCUGGUCCUGCAGCAUCAGCUGGGUCCAGCGUUGCAGACCAGGCCCCUGCUGCAGUCCUCGGACCUGACGGCAUCCCUGGCUGGGAUAAGGUCCAGGACUUGGCCGAGUACCUGGUGUCCCUGCGUCAGGCGCUCUAUCUGGACGAGCAGCAGGUCACAGAGACCAUCCGUCUGUGGACCGCUCUGCCUGAAGGGGACAAGAGGCGGAUCAAUUAUCAGCCCAGGCACCAAGACAAGCUGGCCCACGGCCGCUUUAAGGCCCCCAGGAAUACGGGCGUCACCCCGGGUGUGGACAGCGUCAAGAGGUGCCUGAUUGGUCAUCCAGGGGGACCGGCUCAGUGGCCCAGCACCAGUCGUCUGGUUGAGGCUCUGUGCAUUAAAUUGUGUUCACUGCACAAGUCUCCAACUAAGAAGGAUGGAGUGCGGCUUCCUCGGUGGACCAAGGUGCUCACGGACUACCACCACAUCCACGACCUGGUGCUGGACUGCCACCCCCUGAUGGAGGCCACCUCACUUCAGCUUUUUGUCCUCAACCAGAGGACUCUGACACAGUGGUUUAAUCGAAGGGAGAGCACGCAGGAGAUCAGUGUCCUCACCCAGGGCCUUGCUGCAGAGGACCACAUCGUUGUGGCCAGCUCACAGCUGCCUCCUCCGCGGGAGAAGCUGGAAGAAGUGCCGUCCCCAUCAGGACUCCAGCAUGACUUUGCCCUCCCGCCGAACAGAGCAGGACAGGCUCCUAAGCUGCGGCCAGGCAGACGACCUGCUAGUGCCACAGUCGUGCAGCCCGUCACCCCAGCAGCUCCUCUUCCUGUCCCAGCUCAGCUUGUUUUAUUGAACCCUGGGUCGACAGUGAUGGCAGCAGGUCAUCACAGGGCUGCUCCUCCCCUGGCUCCUCAUUUAACACCUGCCACACAGGUGGCUCCUGCACCCACUGCCCCUGCGUCUCUGUCCCGCUUCACUGAGAGGAACAGGCGACGCAGGGCAGAAGAGGAGGCCACCGGGAGCCAGAAAAGAAAGUACGUCAGAGAAGUGGCUUUUAACAAAUGCAGCAAAUGUGGGCAGCCAAAAACUAAAGAGUUUGGCCACAGCCGCUUCGGCAGCGCCACUUUCUGCCCCAGUGCUUCAGGGGGCAAAUCCUUGGAGCAGUGGCUGGUAGAACAGCGGCAGCUGAAGAAACCGGGAAACCCACCCUAAUAAUAAUGAUGAUGAUAAUAAUAAUAAUAAUAAUAAUAAUAA